AUCUUGUUUGUUUUUUGAUAUCAAUUUGGGCGGGAAAAUAAUUCUCAUUCUUCCAAGAAUAGAGUGAUUUGGGAUGGGAGUACAAAUUUUGGGUGUCUCCGGUCUCCACUCUCUUCAAAUUGAAACCCAGUCAUUUCUCUAUAAUUCGCUACUAGCGGUUUCUUUGUAUAGGAACAGGCUGUCAGAUCGAUUUUUUUAAAAUCUCCUAACAGAUGGAUUCUUUUGGUGUUAAACUCUGGCCCCCGAGCCAAAGCACCCGACUAAUGCUAGUAGAGAGAAUGACCAAAAACCUUAGCACCCCUUCCAUUUUGUCUAGAAAGUAUGGUCCUCUGUGUAAGGAAGAGGCUGAGGAGGUUUCCAAGGAAAUUGAGUCUAUGGCUUUUGCAUCAGCAAGCAAACACUUGGAGAAUGAGCGAGGCGAUGAUGGAAGCUCUGCCGUGCAACUUUAUGCUAAGGAAUCAAGUAAGCUUAUGUUAGAUGUUCUUAAAAGAAACCCAAGAACUGUGGGGGAUGCAGAAGGUGAAGCUAACACAUCCGAGGAGACUGUUCUUGAUAUAUCUGGAGGUCAAAGGGCUUUCAUUGCCUCUGAAGAAGCUAAGAAGUUGUUGGAACCCCUGAAGAAACCCAGGAACAAAUUUACAACGAUUUGUUUCAGCAACAGAAGUUUUGGCUUGGAUGCUGCCCGUGUUGCCGGGCCUAUUCUUUCCAAACUCAAAAAUCAACUGGUCAAGGUAGACCUUUCAGAUUUCAUCGCGGGAAGACCAGAGUCUGAAGCCCUUGAAGUAAUGGAGAUCUUUUCAUCUGCUUUGGAAGGGUGUCAAUUGAGGUAUCUCAACCUGUCAAACAAUGCAUUGGGGGAAAAGGGUGUGAGGGCUUUCGGCGAGCUUCUGAAGUCGCAGCAGAGCUUGGAGGAGCUCUAUUUGAUGAAUGGUGGCAUCUCAGAGGAAGCAGCACAGGCAGUGUGUGAGCUCAUCCCUUCAACCAAGAAACUCAGGGCUCUUCAUUUUCACAACAAUAUGACUGGGGAUGAGGGUGCAUUGGCUAUCUCUGAACUUGUCAAGCGUUCCUCUUUGCUGGAAAACUUUCAGUGCUCGUCCACAAGGGUGGGAUCUGAAGGAGGGAUUGCACUGUCAGAGGCACUUGGAGAAUGCACCCACUUAAAGAAGCUUGAUUUGCGAGACAACAUGUUUGGCACCAAAGCUGGUGUUGGCUUGAGCAUGGUACUACCAAGAUUUUCUGAUUUGACUGAGAUCUACCUAAGUUAUUUGAAUCUGGAUGAUGAAGGGUCCAUAGCCAUUGCAAAUGCCCUCAAGGAAUCUGCUCCAUCACUCCAUGUUCUGGAGAUGGAUGGAAAUGACAUGACAGUGAGAGCUGCUCAUGCAAUCGCAAGUUGCGUGGCUGCAAAACAGUUUCUUACCAGGUUGAGCCUGGCAGAGAAUGAGCUCAAGGAUGAUGGUGCGGUUGUUAUUGCCCAGGCACUGCUGGAAGGCGGCCAUGGCCAGUUGAAUGAAGUGGACAUGAGCAUGAACUCAAUCAGAAGAGCUGGGGCCAGGUCCCUUGCUCGGGCUGUUGUCAGUAAACCUGGGUUUAAGGUGCUGAAUAUGAACGGGAACUUCAUAUCCGACGAGGGUGUUGAUGAGGUCAAAGAAAUCUUCAAAAACUGCCCGAAUCUUCUUGGGCCUCUGGAUGAGAAUGAUCCUGAAGGGGAAGAGUCUGAUGAAGACUAUGAUGGAGGGCUCGCCGAUGAUGAGAAUGAGAUAGGGUCUAGGCUCAACGCCCUCAAAAUCACGCGCGAGGAAUAGUGGCGGCAUUGCAAUUCUGAGCAAAUCCACUCUGAGGACUUGUCUAGACUCUAGACUCGUCUCAGUUUUUUUAUUAUAAAAAUUAUCUUGUGAUGAUGGAUCCUAUGUUGCACGGAAACUCCAUAUAGGCUGCCGUACCCGUUUCGGACACCUUGGACACGCCGACACGCCACGGACACGCCUGGAGACGUCUCGGAAACUCCAUGUGGCGUUUCCGUAAUUUUAAUUUUUAAAAAAUAGAAAAAAAUGCCAAGGAAACGGCUGGGACACACGUGUCUCUUUUGGGAAACGGCAGGGACACCUCUUUUAAAAAAAUGGGGUUCUUUUUAUAAAUUUUAAAAGUUUAGGAACUAACUCAAAUUAUAAAAAGUAUUAUCUAGCCCUAAAUCUUUAUCGCUCCUUUAUGUUACGCUCCUUUAUGUUACGCCGCUGGUCAGUGACUUCUGGAUUUUAUGUUA